UGGCGCUGCAAUCAGUAGUCCCGGUUUAAAUGAAAAGUUGUGCAAUUUUUUCUGUUUUGUUUUUUCUCUGAUUUUCAGUGUGAUUUAUCAAGUGAAAAAUCGUGGAAAAUGUACACCUGGAUUCACUGCAAUACCUGCUACAGGUACUUCGACAAUGAUACGCAAUUUUACAUGCUAAAUUGCUCGCAUAUCCUCUGCGCGAGUUGCCUAAAGAAAAUUGUCCUGGCCAAUGCAAAUGAGUGCAAAUUCUGCAAAAGACCCGUGCGCUACAGGAAGAUUUCCAAAGAUCUCGAUCCUAAACUCAAGGAGUGCUUUGAUCUGCAACAGCACAAGAAGAUCGAGGAUAUUGGGAAGAAUUUAAAGUUAGCACAGGUACAGUACAAGCAUAUGCAUAACAAUACAGUGCUAAAGAGGAUAGAGGAGAAGGUGAGGAAGAUGAGGCAGUUGGAUCAGAAACUGCAGGCCAAAAAUGCUCAGAUGAGAAAGUAUCUGAGUGAGUUGAAGAAGAAAAAUCGAGAAAUACCAAGAACUCCGGAAGGGGGUUUCAUGUCCUCCCAGAUGAGCGUGAGGAAGGAACCUUUGCUCACAGUUGCUUCCGGAAGUUCUUCCGGAUCUUCAUUCAAAGCUCCUUCUAGAGCUUUUUCCGGAACGUCUUCCGGAAGUGAUUCUGGUCAGGCACGAUCUCCGCUAUUUCUACCAAGCUCAAAUAGCCAGACAUCCAAUGAAAAAUCAUACCCAACUGGAUUUGGGCUCAAGAAACAUCCACAGAUCACCAGGCUGUCCAAACUGUCAGCCAAUAGCGCAGAAUUCUAUCGUAUUUGGAUUUAUGGAGCCGUAACGACCCUGAUCUUGGCCACAGCUGUGCAGUGUCAACAGCAAUUUUCUGUUCCGGAAACCGAUGUUGAAGAUGAGGAGGCAUUGGACGAAGAGGGAAUUGAUCUUUCACCAUCUCCAGCCAGUAUCCAGUAUCGAUUGAGGCCUUAUGAUUACAGUGAUGAGAUUGAGGAUCAGCAGCAGCCGAUACAUCAGACAGUUACACAAGCUCCACAGCUUAUCUACACAGCUCAACAGCAGAGGAGAACAUCUCAACCAAAUCCCCAUCCCCAUCCUCCACCACAGCAGCAACAGAAAAUCUACAAGAAGCUAGACAAAGUCAAACAGCAGCUUCUGCAGGAAGAACUCGAGAAUGAGGAACCUGAUCGUCUAUCGCUACUGCUAGAGAAAUCCUCUUUCAAGUGCAACGGUCGAUUGACUGGAUACUAUGCCGAUGAGACUCUGGGUUGCGAAGUGUUCCACUACUGUCAGGACAAUGCUAGACACUCCUGGAUCUGCCCAGAAGGCUUCACCUUCCACCAAGUUCAUCUCAUCUGCAUGCCUGCUUCCGCUGAUAACAUCUGCGAGCAAUCAGCCAAGUAUCACUUCGUCAAUGAAUACCUAUACAAGCCAAUUAAUAUGGAGGAACACCAGACGAGGCCAAAUGUCACCCUCAGAUACUCAGAACGCUACUAUCCCGAUGAGAUCUAUCAGGAUGAGCGUCAGGAAUACUACAACGAGAGAGUUUAUCCUGAACGACAGCAUGAAGUGCCACAGCAACAGCAGAUUCACUACACCAGGCAACCUGUCCAAGUUGUCCGCAAAGUGCCUGUGCCUACACCUCAGACCUACCGACCACCAACCUCUACUCCCCACAAUACUGUCUUCCGAAGUCCCGAAGAGAUUAACAUUUCCCUGCAGCAGAGGAGGCCACAACAUGUCUAUGCUAAUCAAGCCCAAGCGACGUCCACGACGGCUCGUUACGAUGAUGAGGAUGAAGAUGAAUACAGUUAUGAGAGGAAAUAAGUGUCAAUAUAUAUCGUAAUCACCUAAUUUAUUGCUCAUAAGCCACUUUUUGUUACGUAAAUAAAUGAAAUAAUUGUAAGAAA